UUGUAGGAGACUGCGAGGGAAGAUGGAGCAACAAAAAAUGUCAGAUCUACCCGAAGAUCGUCUUAGCCAAGCUCCACCAUUCACACAUGUCGGGUUAGACGUAUUCGGGCCGUGGAAUAUCUGUAUGCGUCUUACUAGGGGAAGAGCAUUAGAAAACAAGAGAUGGGCAGUUAUGUUUACCUGCUUAGUCACAAGAGCAGUUCAUAUUGAAGUAGUAGACUCUCUUUCAACUUCAAGCUUCAUUAACGCCCUCAGAAGAUUUACUGCGAUCAGAGGUCCAGCUAAGCUCUUCCGUUCAGACCGCGGAACAAACUUUGUCGGCGCUUGCAAAGAAUUGCAAAUAAACAUGGAAGAUCCAAACCUUCAAGCUUACCUUAAGGAUGAUGGAUGUACCUGGAAGUUCAACCCUCCCCACUCUUCCCACAUGGGAGGAGUGUGGGAAAGAAUGAUCGGAGUGGCUCGCCGCAUCUUAGAUGCUAUGUUGCUCAAGGUACAUUCACCUAGUCUGACACAUGAAGUUCUUGUCACACUAAUGGCAGAAGUCAGUGCUAUAAUGAAUGGACGGCCUUUAGUUCCAGUGUCAUCUGAUCCAGAACGACCUGAGGUGCUCAGUCCUGCUGCACUUCUCACACAGAAAUUGAACGUGGUGUCCACCCCUGCUGGAGAUUUUGAUCCCAAAGUCCUCUACAGGAAACAAUGGAAGCAAGUGCAAUGCUUGGCCAAUUCAUUCUGGAAACGAUGGCAGCUAGAAUAUCUUACUACACUACAGACAAGAAGAAAAUGGCAAUUGGACUGGCCUAACCUGGAGAUUGGAGAUGUCGUGCUUUUAAAGGACAAUCAGGCAAAAAGAAACGAGUUUCCAUUAUAG